ACUUUUGAAUUUUGCGUUACGAUGGAACAUAUUGGUGAGCAUUCAACUAGCAUUUAUCAUGAUACUGUCUCUAUCGGUGGUGGUUCAUCAUUUCCACAGUUCCCUUCCCAAACACGGGGAUGGUCAGAUGCGACCGAUCCAAGUUCCGAGUCAUUAGCUGUUGAAAUUUCUGGAGCAAUGAGUGAUAAAGACCGUGUUCUAUUUAAGAUUCAUACAAAGACUACAUUGCCUGAUUUUAAACAAAGUGAAUGCGAUGUACAACGAAUGCAUGAAGAAUUCGUCUGGCUUCAUGAUCGUUUAGUUGAAAAUGAUACAUAUGCAGGUUUAAUUGUCCCACCGGUACCGCCCAAACCAGAUUUCGAUGCAUCUCGUGCUAAACUACAACGACUGGGUGAAAAUGAAGGCAAUCUACCCGUAGACGAUCUGCGAAAAAUGAAAGCUGAAUUAGAAGCUGAAUACUUAGCUACUUUUAAGAAAACGGUUGCAAUGCAUGAAGUGUUUUUACAACGACUAGCAUCACAUCCAACAUUUAAACAUGAUCAUGGUUUUCGUGUAUUUCUGGAAUUCGAAGAAGAAUUAAACGUACGAAAUAAGACAAGAAAAGAAAAGGCUGUUGAUUUUUUAAAGUCUGUUUCAAAAUCAGCUGAUGAAACUUUAUGGUUAAAUAAUCAACGUGAUAAUGAUGUUUUCUUUCGUGAAGAGAAAUGUAUCUUAGCUGUUUAUCAUUCAGCUAUAAAAGAUGCAACAGUAGCAGCGGAUCUAGCAUCGAAAUGUCGCAAAACUAAUGCAAAUACUUUAUUACAAAUCGAAUUGGCUUUAUCUAAUCUAAUUCCAAAAGAAUGCAAUAUCACUUCUGAAACUGAUUUGACAACUUUGUUAUCCAAUUUCUUUGAAAGCUUUCAAAAAAUCCUAGUUCGUUUGAGUUCGGACGAAGAUUUAAAAUUAUCUGAUACAUUUCGUUACUAUGCAAUUGAUACUGGAGCUGCACGUGACCUACUCUAUCGUCGAUGUCGUGCAUUAGCAGAUUAUGAAACUGCUAAUCGUAAUCUUGAUAAAGCCCGAGCACGUAUGAAAGAUGUUCAAACAGCGGAAGAUGCACAAACUGCAGCUAAUGAACGUUUCAAAUCUAUUUCAGAAUCAGCUAAACUUGAAUUAGAAGAUUUCAAAGUUCGUCGAAUUAAAUAUUUUCAUAAAAAUUUAGUUGAUCUCGCUGAAUUAGAAGUUAAACAUGCUAAGUCUCAGAUAGAAUUAAUAAAAUCUUCAUUAAUGCGAUUAAAACUAAUCAGUAUACCUGUAUAAAAUCACCUACAAUUACCAUGGAAUCCACGAUUUGUACCAACAACAACACCUCAAUCACCACUACUACUACUAGUAAUAGUGUCCAUUCCAAUUCACCGACAAAUAACAACAUUACCACAUUUAACUCGUCAAAAUAAUCACAUGUGUUUUUGAUUUGAAAUGUAUGGGGAUAAAAGACAUUUCUCUCUUUUUUUUGCCCUAAAUAUUCUACGCCUUCAACACAGCCUUAUCCCACUGAUGACAAUGAUGAUAGUCAAUUAAAUGUUAUAUGUUUUUCUGUGUGUAAAUUAUUAUAGACUUCAUUGAUUUUUAUUUUCCUACUAUAUUAUUAUUAUUUCUCUAAAUCCAUGUUUUCAAGAGUGCGUUUAGUUUGUACUUUUCCACUACUAUUUCCGUCAAAUUCUCCUAUACCUCCAUCCACCCACUGUACUACUACUUGCUGUGAAAGAAAUUAUCAAAUAUGAUUCUUAUUUUCUGAUCUUAACAUCCAAUCCUAUAAUGUAAGAAUGCCAAAAUUAAUUAAAUUCACUGUUAACAAGUUUUUUUUAAAAUUCAAAUGGAAGCUUUGAAGACGACAACUCUUCCAAACGUCUCCUAUGUUACUUCAUCAUCGUAGGUUUGUGUGUGUAUGUGCUAUUGGCUUUCUUGUUUGAUUAAUAUCCAAUUCAUAUUGUGAUUAAAUUUACCAAUCAUGCGAAUUUCUUCCUCCUUCAUAUUACUACAUUCUGUGAUCAAAAUGAAAAACUCUAAAUGAUCAUCUUAACUCGUUUAAUAUAUGAAGUGAAAACAAGACCGACAUAUUAUCUCCAUUAUUAGUGGGAGUAAAUUGAACCCCAACCUCACUUUACUCACACUCACUUUUAUUUCCUAGGUGCAAAAUUAUCAUUCACUAUUAUCUUAUUCUUUAAUUCACCUAUAUAUAUAUAUACUUGGUUUAUUUGGUUUUCACUUUAUAAUCAUAUUUUUUACUUUUGUUUGUGUUAUUUUCUUUGACCAUUCGUGUAUUGUGUAUUUUGUAUAAUUCCAAUAAAUUUCUAUUUAUAUAUUUAUUUAAAUACAUAAACAUUAAUCCAAGAAGGUACAAAAUAUAUAUGCGCUGCACUUUGUCAUUGGAUUUGUGUGAGGUCUGAAGUAUAUAUAUAUGAUAAUGAUUUAGUCAUGAGUUGACAUUAAUUGAAGUACACUUAAUUAGAAAGAAUCAAACAAAAAUGUUUCUUUUUACAUAAAA